UAAGUUUCGACAAAUUUUAAUAUUCAUUUUCACUAUUUGGGUGCUAAAGGUGCUUUUGAGCUUGAUCUUGAUUUCAAUAGGGCCUCGUGUCUACCAACACGGUUUUAAGUCCUUUCCUGCUCCGCGUUUUGCGAGAUCCGGGCCUUGGGCUGCAUUUUCGGCGCCCAAGGCUAGGCGUUAAUCAUUUCGGCGCCCAGCCGUGGGCGCUGAAAGCCUUAUCCUGGCAAUUUUUGGUUUUCGGAUUUCUUAACGCGUUUCCGAAUGGGAUCAGGAUGUUUAUGUCUUCAGGUAUAUAUAGGGGUUAGAUACGUCCUUCUUUUCCAUCACUCUCAAUCUUCCUUUCUCUCGUAAUUACUUAGCUUUAAUUCUUCCUUGCUUUUGUCAUGUCGAUUCCUCCCUUCUCCCUCCAACGAGUUGUCAGGCGUUGGCUAAGAGCCCUUACUCCUACAGAAAAUGCUUUGUUGAAAGAAUACCACUUAAAGGUACUUUUAGGCUUACAACAAAUUAAUAUUGAUUAUAACUUUCUGUGUGCAGCCCUGAGCUUUUGGGAUUCUGAUCACCAUGUUUUUGUCUUUCGGGGCAAUGAAAUAUGUCCUUUGCCAGAUGAAUUUGCCGCGAUCCUUGGUUAUCCUACUAAUGCUACUCCUGCCACCCCUGGCACCAUUGAAGAGGGUAAAACAACCGUAGGGGCUUUCGUAAGAUUAGAUGCUAACAUGCUCGCUGAGAUUGUUGUGGGUGAUGAGGUUAAUUUGGCAAAGCUUGUAAAACAUCACUUUAGACCUAGUAAAAAUAUGACCGAACAAAAAUUGAACAUUCGAGGCCUUGUAUUUUGUUUGUUGAAUCAUUAUUUGCUGUCGAAUAACAAUGGCGAGUUCGGUGACAUAAGGUUGAUCCCGUUGAUUAGCCAGACGGAAAGUUGCUAUUCUAUUAUGCCGUUGGUUGUUGCAUAGACUUUGUUAAGGGGAGCCCCCUAUUGCUGCAGAUUUGGCUCAUGGAACGACUUAGGCUCUUAGAAACUCUUGCCGAUCCUAAACAUUAUCGUCCUAUAGCUUUGGGUAAUCGAAAGUAUUUACACCGAGGCCAGGACGAGGCCGAGUGGGCUUCGUUUUUUACUCAUGGUAUCUGUUCUAUUAAGUGGGUGGUACCGUGGUGGGGUUUGACUACUAUGACGGGGGGUUCUGAUGUGUCAGUUUAUGUUUCUUUGUUGGGGCUAUCUCGGCCCAUCUAUAUCUUUCAUUACCGAGUCAUGCGUCAAUACGGCUUAAGGCAGACUAUCCCAUUUUCUGAUACAGUACCACAUAAAGUAGCGGCCUUUUCACAAGCACGGGUUCAAGCAUGGGCUAAGUAUUAUGAUGGUCUCCCGCGUUGGGCCAUGGCUACAAAUGGCUUUGUGGGUCUUUCUGAAAACUACAAGUUGUGGAUGAGUUCCGAUGAUAAAGCUGUGAGGACCGAGGCUCGAAAUGGUGAGCCGGCUGAGCUUUUGAUACCUCGCAUUCGGGUUAGGUAUGAGGGCCGUGAUUCUGCCAAUCCUCGCACCCAUGGUAUUAAGACUGUGAAAGCUCGUCCUGAUCGAAAGCGAAAGGAAGUUCCUCCCCGUUCCAGUUCUAGGCCUAAGAAGAUGCCUAACAUGAAGGGGCCUGCUGUUGCUAAAACAAAUGCAAGCUCUCGCGGAGAUCGUCGCCGGAACAAUGUAUGGGUUAGGAAAGCUCAGCCGCUAGUAGAACCAGUGAUUAAUCUAGUUGAUGUUGAUAAUCCUUCCCCCACCAUCGUUUGUGCCCUUGAGGCUGAGCGGGCUUUAACUGUUCAAACUGAUAAUGUUUCUGAGGCCUUGGCAUCUUUGGAAGUUAGUGUCCAGGAGCCGGUUCUUAUGGAGGUUGAUAUAGGGGCAGCGCAGAAACCUGUGGGGGUGGACCCCGCGAACAUUGCCCUUUACAAGACUUUAUUUGAUGAUUCGGAAGAACUAGAGUAGUGUAGUUCUUGCUAGGGUGUAGGUGCCCUUUAUUUAUUUCAGUUGUGUUUGUUUUUCAUUCCUUAGCACUUUUGUUUUCCUUCUUAUCAUUUUUUAAUAAAGGCGUAUUUUAUUUUUACUUUCAUUUUUUUGCUCCUCCUCUUUUUUCAUUUUUUAUAUAUUUGCUCAUGUCUAACACU